AGGCUUUCGAAAAAAUAGUUGACCAGUAGCACCUGAAGACAGACCCAAAUUAAAAAUGGCUGGCAUCACCGAAAUAAAAGGAUUUCAGGUCUUGAAAGUUAGGCUACCGGAAGGCGAUGGUAUGCACUACAUGUAUUUUAGAAAGCACGAGAUGAAGGGCAGUCCAGGUGCACAGAACAUCAGUGGGCGACUGCUCUUCAUAUUCAACACUCCAAUAGAAACUAGCGUCGGUGUUUUGAGAAAGUACUUCCAGCAAGUAGCUAUUGGUGCCACUGUUGAAAACUAUAUUGCCAGUCCUUUAACUGACAUGGAGGAGGAAGUAUACAUAGACCUUACUAAGUUCACGAGUGAUUUGCAGUAUGAAGUGGCCGACGGGGACACUAGAGAAAUAUCAGUGAAACUCCCGAAGAAUUGUGGAAUUAUCACUUUUAUUGAUAAGGCAUCAUUUCAACUUGCUUUCAGUGCUUUAAAGAAAUUAUCGGGAGAUAAAAAAAGUACAAACUGGCCAAUGCCCUCCAUGGGCACUCAGUUUCUCUUGGGGAAACUCAAGGCAAAGGUUCUCGAUCCUAAUGAACUUGCGCAGAACGUCUCCAAAGCUUUAGAGCUGUUUAACAAGGCCGAGCAAGAAUCCAGGGAGGAGUUGCAAAAGCAGACCCAGAUCGUGGAUGAAGACGGUUUCACAUUGGUGGUGGGAUCGCAUACUAAGACCAAGGCAGGCAUGUUGGGCAAGCAAAAACUCUUACAAGCUAAGGAGCAAGAAAAUUCAAAGAAAAAACUGAAAAGAAAGGAGAAGGACGACUUCUACAGAUUUCAAUUGAGAGAAAAGAAGAAAGCGGAAAUGAACGAUUUGUUGCACAAGUUCAAACAGGACCAAGAAAGGGUCAAAUUGAUGAAGGAAAGAAAAAGGUUUAGACCAUAUUGAUAGGAGUUGUAUUGAAUUCAAGGUAAAGUUAGCAAAUCAACAAUGUAUACUUUAUAACUUUGAGAACAAAGAAGCCUCGCUAAUUUAUAACUUUGUCAUGCUGGAUUUUAUACGCACAAAUAAUCAAC